UUCAAUUUUAAACUCCUGUUUUUAAUUUGCAAAAUAAUAAAUAUAUUUCUCUGGGGAAAAUUAGUGGAUUUUUCUCGAAAAUCAGAUGGUAAAGGGCAAGAACCGGGAACUUGAGAAAAGCUAACCUCAAAGUGAUUGAAGGGGGGUCAUAUACAACGGGUGUCUCCAGAAAUAGAGAUGAUUCAUAACAAGUACAAUUGACAGCCACGGCGAAUUCAACAGCAAUUUAUCUAGUUUUCCCCUGUGAUAUUAUUUUUAAAAACAUAAUUAUUGAGCAAAUCAUCUUUCUUUUGUUUCGCUGUAAAAUUUCAUUUUAUCACUUUUUUCUCCGUUUGAUGAAACACGCGAGAUACCAAAACAAUAGUGUCCCGGAAAAAUCAAUAGGCGGGGUGUGAGAGGUUAAAAAAAAGAGUUGAGAGAAUAUGUCUACUCUUCAGAAGAAAGACACGAUUAAGUGAAGGAUCAUUCACGAGCGAAGAGGAGGUUUCUUAAGGACGAGGGGUGGAUUCUUAUAUCAAGCUGACGACGAGCUGAGUAUCUAUAAAACUAGCGAGGGAGGUUUUCUACGUAAGAGAUCAGCAUUAGCCAUUGAAAUGGCCACUUUAUCAUUACGAAUCUCCAUUGUGGAGAAAAAUCUCACGAAAAUGAUGCAGUUUGAUCCGAGCACGUCGAUUUAUGAUGCUUGCCGAAUUAUUCGAGAAAAAUUAGUGGAAGCGAGUAAUAUGGGCGAACCCAAAGAAUACGGAUUGUUUUUGGGCGAUGAAGACGCAAAAAAAGGAGUAUGGCUUGAGCCGGGACGAAGUCUCGAGUACUACCUGCUAAGAAACGGCGAUCUUCUCGAGUACCGUCGUAAAAUGCGAAUGCUUCGAGUCAGAAUGCUGGAUGGAAUACUGAAAACAAUUCCAGUUGAUGACAGUCAGCCCGUGGCAAAUUUGAUGGUAGUAAUUUGCACAAGGAUCGGCAUCACCAAUCACGACGAAUAUUCGCUCGUUCGCGAACUUCCUGACGAGGAGGCAGAAAAUCAAAAACCGAGUAACUUUGGUACACUCACACUGAAGCGCAAGAAAGAGGACAAGAGUGAACGGGACGCGAAAAUGGAUCAGCUGCGAAAGAAACUCAAGACCGAUGAUGAAGUAAAUUGGAUUGAUCCAAGCAAAACUUUAAGGGAACAGGGUGUCGAUGAGACGGAGACGGUCUUAUUAAGAAGAAAGUUUUUCUUCUCCGAUCAGAAUAUUGAUAGUCGAGAUCCUGUACAGCUUUCGCUUCUCUAUGUGCAAGCCAGGGAUGCAAUUCUUGACGGAACUCACCCCAUCACUCAAGAAAAAGCUUGUGCCUUUGCUGGAAUUCAGUGUCAGGUUCAAUUCGGGGAUUACAGACCUGAAAAGCAUAAGUCUGGAUUUUUAGAUUUGAAGGAAGUGCUACCGCAAUCCUACAUAAAAGACAAAGGAAUUGAGAAAAAGAUUUAUGCGGAGCACAAAAAGCACGUAGGUCUCUCGGAAUUGGACGCAAAAGUUUUAUACACGAAAAAUGCACGAUCUUUGAGCACGUACGGCGUUACGUUUUUUCUCGUAAAGGAAAAAAUGAAGGGGAAAAAUAAACUCGCACCCAGAUUGCUUGGUGUGACGAAAGAUUCUGUUCUACGACUCGACGAGAAAACGAAAGAAAUUUUGAAAACAUGGCCAUUGACGACUGUUCGACGAUGGGGCGCAUCACCGAAUACAUUCACACUCGAUUUUGGGGACUAUUCCGAUCAGUAUUACAGUGUCCAAACAACCGAAGGUGAACAAAUUCAACAGCUCAUUGCAGGAUAUAUUGACAUUAUUUUGCGUAAACAGCAAAAUAAGGAUCAUCUGGGAAUUGAGGGCGACGAGGGAUCAACGAUGGUAGAGGACAGUGUUUCACCUUUAAAAGCGACAAUUCUUCAGCAUGAAACGAAUAAUAUUGGAAGAGGAAGUGUUGAAGCCGUAUCUGUGGCAAUUCCUGCCGUGAUGAGAGCUGGAGGAGAUGGGGCACGACUUUAUGGAACUGGACAUAUGGGAAGUGCGCAAUAUACAACCAUAAGUGGACAAGUGAAUGUCGCUCAUGCUCCCCCAACGAUGCAGCAAACAAAGGUGACAACUGUUCUUUCGGAACCGCAACGUGCCUUACUCUCGACCAUAACUGCGGGUCAUGAAAUCAUCGAAAUUGCUGAAACUGAAUUAAUCACGAGAGCCGAACUUCCUGAAUUGGGAACGGACGUUGCUUCUCUCAAGUGGAUUGAACGCACAAUUGACACCCAUAAACAAAAUGUGGGCUCACAAAUUGCAGCGAUGAACGCCGCUACCGCGCAGGUUGUCACGUUGACUUCCGGCCCUGCCGAUCACGUCGACCACACGGCCGUUGGUGCUGCAAUCUCGACAAUCACAACAAACUUACCGGAAAUGACGAAAGGCGUGAGAAUGAUUGCUGCCUUAAUGGAGGAUGAGCCAUCGGGUGAUAGACUUUUAGAUGCUGCCAGAAAACUUUGCUCGGCCUUUUCCGACCUUCUAAAAGCAACUGAACCGGAAACUAAAGAGCCCUUCUAUGUAACUUCUACUCUUUAUGGACAAUACCCAAGGCAGAAUUUGCUGAAUGCCGCCUCGCGGGUUGGAGAAGCGUCACAUCAAGUUCUCACGACAAUCGGAGAAGAAGAUGAUUCAAAUCGAGAACUCCAGGAUAUGCUCCUUGCUUUGGCGAAAGCCGUGGCCAAUACCACAGCCGCAUUAGUACUUAAAGCGAAGAAAAUCGCGAAAACAUUUGACGAAAAUGACGACGCCUCACAAAAUCGUGUCAUUUCUGCAGCGACGCGUUGCGCACUCGCCACAUCGCAAUUGGUUGCCUGUGCGAAGGUUGUUGCACCAACAUUACAUUCGCCGGCCUGUCAAACGCAGCUGAUGAACGCUGUUCGUGAAGUGACGAAGGCCGUGGAAAAUCUGGUCCAAGUUUGCAACGAAACCAGCGGGGACGAGCAAUUGCUAAAGGAACUCAGCACUGCCGCUGCCGAGGUCACCCGAACCCUGAAUGACCUUCUUAACCACAUCAAGACAGCAACUCGAGGUGAGAGGGCCAAGGAGACGAUUCAAGAAGGCGCCGUUGAGCAAAUCCUCGUCGCCACCGACAAACUCUUCGCCAGCAGCGGAGACGCAGGAGAAAUGGUUCGUCAAGCUCGGGUUGUAGGUCUCGCCACCGCACAGUUGAUUCAGAGCAUCAAGGGCGAAGCCGAGAAGCAAACAGACACGGAGCAGCAACAAAGGUUGUUGGCUGCUGCAAAAAUCCUUGCUGACGCCACCGCAAGAAUGGUCGAGGCAGCCCGGCAGUGCGCCAGCAGUCCCCAUGACGCAAGGAAACAAGAUCAACUUCGUCAAGCCGCGGAAGAACUCCGGGCGGCAACAACCGCUGCAGCAACGCCAGCCCUCCGUCGCAAGUUGAUAACUCGCCUGGAGAGCUGCGCGAAGCAAGCCGCUUCCACUGCAACGCAAUGCAUGGCCGCCUCUUCUGGAGCCUCUCAACACAACACCAACAUUGCCAGUCAGGAGGAACUCAAUGCCGAGUGCCGACUGAUGGCCCAACACAUCCCGAACCUCGUGCAAGGCGUCAAGGGAACUCUGGCCCAGCCGGACAAUCCGACUGCGCAGCUGAACCUCAUCAACUCUUCGGAACAAUUCCUCCAACCCGGAACUGCAGUCGUAAAAGCAGCCAGAGCCGUACUUCCAACAGUCACUGAUCAAUCCUCCGCAAUGCAGUUGAACAACAGUUCUCAGCAAUUAGGAACAUCUCUCGGCGACCUCAGAUCCGCGGUGACACGAGCGAGGGAAGCUUGCGGAGGUCUCGAACUUGACGCUGCCGAGGAGCUCAUUAUCACCCUAAAGGAAGAACUUGUCGAAUUCUACAAAGCCGUGGAGACCACCUCGUUGAGACCGCUUCCCGGCGAGACGACCGAGUCCACCGCGCUGCGACUCGGCUCCACCUCGAAACACGUCGGAGUGUCCAUGGCCCAACUGCUCUCCGCCGCCAAGCAAGGCAACGAGAACUACACCGGCAGCGCUGCCAGGGAGACUGCGUCCUCUCUCAAGGAGCUCACAUCGGCGGUGCGGGGAGUCGCUGCCACCAGCAAUCAGCCCGAAACGCAGAAAAUGGUUCUCAUGACGGCAGACGACGUCGUUGAGAAGUCACUGAAACUCGUCACCGAAGCCAGGCGGGUGCUCAAGAGUCCGGAGAGUCCACACAAUGAGGCACAUCUGGCCCAUGUUGCGAAGGAAGUCUCCUAUUCACUGAACAAGUGUGUCUCCUGUCUGCCAGGUCAGCGAGAUGUCGAGGUCGCUAUCAGACAUAUCGAAGAGAUAAGCCAAGUACUCACCACCCAGGAAUUCCGGCAAACCACCAAAAGCUACGGACAAUUACAAAACGAUCUCAACACCGCUGCUGCCAAUCUUAACGACGCCUCAUCGAAUCUGGUCUCCUCGGUACGAUCGCCCAUUCAACUGGCCACUUCGUCGCAACAUUUCACCAACGCCUUUGAAGACCUACUCAACGUCGGCAUGGAGAUGGCGACUACAACAACAACGGAAACACGAACCCAGGUGAUCAUCUCAAUGAAGAAUGUCAGCAUGACCUCCAGCAAGCUGCUCAGCACUGCCAAGUGCGUUGCUGCCGACCCGAACGCUCCAAAUGCCAAGAACCAGUUGCAAGCGGCCGCACGGGCAGUCACUGACUCCAUAAACUAUCUCGUCGAUGUGUGCACCUCGGCAGCUCCGGGACAAAAUGAGUGCGACAACGCCAUCAGGAACAUCCAGGCGAUGAGGAGUCUGCUGGACAAUCCCAGCGAACCGAUCUCUGAUGCUUCUUACUUCGAGUGUCUGGACACGGUCAUGGAGAAGAGCAUGAGCCUAGGCGACGGAAUGACCGGGGUCGCGAAUCACGCCAAGAAGUCCGAAUACGAUCAGUUCUGCGUUGCCGUGCGUGGAGUGUCGUCGUCCAUCUGCGGAUUAAUCGAAGCCGCUGCCCAAGCUGCCUACCUGGCUGGAGUCAGUGACCCAACGUCUGUCGCCGGGAAACCAGGUCUCGUCGACCAGGCGCAGUUCCUUCGAGCCGCUCAGGCUAUUCACACGGGCUGUCAGAAUCUCAGCAACCCCACCAGUUCUCAGCAGCAAAUCAUCUCCGCUGCGACGAUGAUCGCGAAGCACACCAGCGCUCUCUGCAACGCUUGUCGCCUCGCGUCCAGCAAGACGAGCAACCCCGUCGCCAAGAGACAUUUCGUCCAGUCGGCCAAAGACGUUGCCAACUCGACAGCGAGUCUCGUCAAGGAAAUCAAGGCGUUGGACGUCGACUGCUCCGAGGCGAAUCGUCAACGCUGCGCUGAAGCAACGAAGCCCCUUCUGGAGGCUGUGGACAGUCUCUGCACAUUCGCCAGCUCGCCAGAGUUCGCCAGUCAACCGGCGAGGAUAUCGGUCGCCGCACGAGCCGCCCAGGAGCCGAUCACCAGCGCCGGCAAGUCGAUCAUCGACGGUCUGUGCGCCAUGCUCCAGCUGGCGAAGAGUCUCGCCAUAAGUCCAGAGGCACCACCCACCUGGCAGUUGCUGUCCAACCACAGCAAGAACGUGAGUGACUCGAUCAAGUCCCUGGUCGCCUCGAUUCGCGACAAGGCUCCCGGGCAGAAAGAGUGCGACGCUGCCAUUGAGAAACUGUCCAUUCGCAUCCACGAACUCGACGACGCAUCGUUGCGAGCAGUCUCGCAGUCCUUGAUCCCACACCGCGAGAACACGAUGCAGGGCUUCACCGAUCAGAUGGAGAGCAGUGCGAGUGAGUUGCGCGAGAAAUUGGAGCCAUUGCGAAACGCCGCCAAGUACGAGGCGGAAAAUGUUGGGCAUUCAGUGAACCAGGUUGCCCUCUAUUGCGAACCGCUCAUUUCCGGGGCUAUUGGCGGCGCCUCGAACAUGGUGCACACGAAGCAGCAAAUGGUGUUGCUGAAUCAGACCAAGACCGUCGCUGAGUCUAUAUUGCAGUUGGUUUACGUCACCAAGGAGUCCGGCGGCAAUCCAAAGGCUGUAAAUCUCCACGCGGAGGUCGACGAGACUGUCGAGUCGAGCAAAGACGCUUUGCAGGAGCUGCAGAAUACUUUGGAAAACAUCUCAACGUCAAAUGGAAUUGUCACUGGAUUAAUUGACACAAUCACGAGAGCCAUGGUUCGUUUGGAAGACCACAGAAUGUCCAUGAUCGACACAGUUGAUUCGUACGUCGAUUACCAGACGAGAAUGGUCGAGGCUGCGAAGGAAAUUGCACGAUUGGCCCAGGAAAUGUCGACCAAGUCAAGCACGGACGUGGCGAGAUUAGGACCACUGGCUGUCGACAUUUCACACAAGUACACGCAGUUGGCGCGCGACACUUCGGGAGCAUCGGCGGCAGCGUCGAACGCCGACGUGUCAGCCAGGUUGCGGACUGGCGUGCAGGAGCUGGGACGUGCCUGCGCCGACAUCGUUCGCGCCGCCGGCAACUGCCAGAUGUCGCCGGGCGACUCGUUCUUCCAGCGGGAGGUGUCCGAAGACAGCAAAGUCGUGACGGAGAAGGUGUCGCAGGUGCUCGCGGCACUGCAGGCGGGGUCGCGCGGGACGCAGGCCUGCAUCAACGCGGCGAGCACCGUGUCCGGCAUCAUCGGCGACCUCGACACCACGAUCAUGUUCGCCACCGCGGGCACGCUGCACGCCGAGAACGAGGGCGACACUUUCGCCGACCACCGGGAGAAUAUCCUGAAGACUGCCAAGGCCCUAGUCGAGGACACGAAGACUUUGGUCGCGGGGGCCGCAUCGUCGCAGGAGCAACUCGCUGUCGCGGCCCAGAAUGCCGUCUCGACGAUCGUACAGCUGGCCGAGGUCGUCAAGUACGGCGCGGCGAGUCUCGGCAGUCACAACCCCGAGGCUCAGGUGAUGCUGAUCAAUGCCGUGAAGGACGUUGCAUCCGCCCUCGGCGACUUGAUCCACGCGACGAAGGCCGCCAGUGGAAAGCCAAUUAAUGACCCCAGCAUGGCGCAUCUCAAGGAUUCUGCAAAGGUAAUGGUGACAAAUGUCACGUCUCUCCUGAAAACCGUGAAGGCGGUCGAAGAUGAACACACAAGGGGCACUCGUGCUUUGGAAUCGACAAUCGAGGCAAUCGCUCAGGAAAUCCGGGCGCUGAGCACACCGGAAAGUCAGAGAACAAACGUGACACCCGAGGAUCUUGUUCGUUGCACAAAGAGCAUUACAACCUCAACAGCAAAAGCAGUGGCAGCUGGAAACAGUUGCAAACAAGAUGACAUUAUUGCGGCUGCAAAUAUGGGCCGCAAGGCGAUCAGCGACAUGCUGACGAUAUGCAAAAGUGCAGCUUACAAUUGUGCAGAGACCGCAGAACUUCGUGAUCGUACGUUGCACGCCGGCCACGAUGUCGCCAUGAAUUACCGAGAACUGCUUCAGGCGAUUCUCCAAAUCUCCUCAAGACCCGGAGACGCAAAACACACUUUGCCGCCGAUUUCCAGGAAAAUCGCCCAGAGUGUCACGGAAUUGGUUGCGGUCGCUGAACUCCUCAAAGGAAGCGAUUGGGUUGAUCCUGACGAUCCAACUGUCAUUGCCGAGAACGAACUUUUGGGAGCAGCCGCGAGCAUCGAUGCGGCUGCAAAGAAAUUGGCGAGUCUUCGACCCAGAAGGAGUAUUCAGGAGACAAAUGAGGACAUGAAUUUCGAUGAGAUGAUUCUGGAAGCGGCAAAAUCAAUAGCGGCGGCGACAUCGGCAUUGAUCAAAGCCGCGAGUGCUGCGCAGAGGGAACUAAUAGCCACGGGAAAAGUCUCGAGAACGCCGUUAACAUCGUCCGACGAUGGUCAGUGGUCCGAGGGCUUGAUAUCAGCGGCGAGACUGGUCGCAGCUGCAACGCACAGCCUCGUUGAAUCGGCGAAUGCUCUCGUUCAGGGAAUCAGUAGCGAGGAGAAGUUGAUAUCUAGCGCGAAGCAGGUUGCCAGCAGCACUGCUCAUCUUCUCGUCGCCUGCAAAGUGAAAGCCGAUCCCGACAGCGACAGCACCAAGCGGCUGCAGGCCGCCGGCAACGCCGUGAAACGAGCGACCGACAAUCUCGUACGUGCCGCUCAACAGGCCAUUCAGCAGGAGGAGGAACGAUCUCUGGUCCUCAAUCGCAGAAUGGUCGGCGGAAUCGCGCAGGAGAUCAAUGCCCGGUCGGAGGUGCUCAGGAUCGAGCGAGAACUUGAGGAAGCACGAGGCAAACUCACAGCCAUCCGACAGGCCAAGUACAAGAAUCGGACGGACACCGACACGGACACCGACGCCGAUCAGAGUGGAUACGACAGUUAUAAUAGCAAAUAUGAAACAAAGUACUAUGAUUCUCCAAGUAAUUAUUCCACCCUGCAGUCCAUGAACAACACUCUGGAUCAAGUUCAAUCGAAUAGUCAGCUGAUAAAUCACAUAGUCAACGAUCGAGAGAAUCUUGUUUCUCCCGAAAAGGUCCAUUCAACUCAAAGCACUUUAGAAAAGAAGAUGAAGGAGUGUAGCUUCCGAAAUUCCGAGAACCCUUAUGGAUCCGUGGAUCAAAAAUAUUCGGACAAUCAAUACGGAUUUGGUGAUAAGAGAUACAUAACUGAUAGUGCCUACAGUACAACUGAGAGGAAAUAUUUCCCCGAGAAUUCUCCUUGCCAAUACAGUUCCAUCGAGAGGAAAAUCAAUCAAGACACUUCAGCAACCGAUCGAUACACUCCCACUCACAGUCCCUAUAAUCAGAGUCCGUUGCCCAAGAGUCCCUUAACGAAGAGUCCUCUGCCAAAUCAGAGUUCUUACCAAACCAAUCAAAGUUCCAUGUUCGCCAAUCAUUCUUUCAGUCAGAGCUCCCUGCCCACCAGUCACAGUCCGCUUCCUCCGAGUCCUCAUUUCCUGAGUCAAUCCGAUUCCACUUCAUAUCCAAAAUCCCCGACUCACUACACUGCUUACACUCACGGCCAGGAGUUCAUCAAGUACACUCCCGAUCCGAAUAACAUUCACAAGUACAUGAAGGACGACCAGUACGAAAAGUUCAUCGAAGAGGAAAAAUUCUCCAACGAGCACAAGUCUUACCAGCAAACAAGUUUCAUAGACCAGGGAUCUCAGAAUUAUUUUCCAACUUCCGAUAGAUUCGCAGCGCCAAGUCCAAUGAGUACUUUUAAAUCCGACAAAAUUUCAUCAGACAAUUGUUUCGUUACUUCAACCCCGCAAAAUCAAAGCUUCAAGAAUGUUGAGAGCAAAAUCAUACCGGGCGGCAGGAUCGAGACAAUCACCACCAAAGUGUAUUCGUCCACACCGAGGCAGAGUGGCAGUUCGAAUUUCGAGAGUCUCGAGGAGAAGAAUGAGUUUCUCAACUCAGGGAACGAGCUCUCCACUUUCAAGAACAUGGACAACGAGACGUUGGAGCAGAAGAUGCUGAAGCAAUCAAUGAUUGAGAAAAUCACCGAGAAAAAGACAAUCACGACGACUACCUCUACUCGUCAGGAAUCCAGCUCCAAGAACUUCCGAUUUGACGACAAGUAGGUUUAAGUCUUCCUCAAAAAUUUAUUUAACUUGCGCACAAUAGAAACCAAUUUUCUAUGAAUAUGUCUUUAUGAGAGGAUCUUUUCUAGAUAAUGAAAUUCAAAUCGAUCAACUGUCUAUUAAAAAUUCUAAUAUAUCUUUUCGUUUUUUAUGAGUAUUUUUUUGGACGAGAGAUUUGUAAAGAUUUGUCCAUCAUUUUUCUUAUAUGUAUGAGCUUUUUUCGAAAUUCACGAUUCAAUUAUAGAUACAAUUAACAAAUUUUAAACUCGUGUCAUUACUUACGUCCAAGUAUUUUAUUUUUAAUUGUUAAUUAAUGAUAACAUCUACGAGUAAAACUUUGGAUUUCGUGUUUGCUUUUUAGUCAUAUCGUUUAUUAUUAUUUUUUUAACAAUGUAAUUAACGUUAGGAUUUUAUAAAUAUAUAUAGUGUACACUAGUGAAUGGAGCCUUAGCCGCGCGGCCUUAGAUAAUUAUUAUUCUAAUUAUAAUUACUAUUACAGUCUAGUUAAGUGCCCUUAGAAACGAAACGAAACGAAACGAAACAAAACGAUUAUAGCCUUAUAACUAUGAUUAUUAAGAAAUUUUCAAAGAUAACUCGAAAUUAAACUCAAUUAUAACAAUGUCAAUAUAUAUUAUUACCUUUUAAAUUCAAGAGAAUUGCAAUUUUAGAUUUUUAUUUUAUUUAGACACGAAUUUUAAAAAAGUUUCCAGUUUUUAUGGUUUUAAACUUGAAUUUUAUUCUUUUAUUUUAUUUUAAAUAAAUGGUUAAUUUAAGGCCACGUAUUAACAAGAGAAGCAACAUAUCAUUUAAUUUUAUUAAUUUUCCCAAUCCGUGAGGAAUAAUGAAAACCACGGAUUUCCCACUAAUACUUUCGCUUUCUCAACUAACUUUUUUUUUACUUUGUAGUUUCUUUUACAUUCUCUAGGCCUUUUUUCUUUUGCUACAUCUAUUUAUUAUAAUUAUUUCUUCUUUCUUUGUCAAUGAGACUUAUUUAUCUUUUGUGAAGAAUUAAAAAUAAAGUGCAAUCAUAUAGGCAUUUUACAAUUUUAACGAAUUGAUGUGACUAGAGUGUAAAAACUAAUUCAUGAAUUCUAUUCUAGUUUUAGGAAACUUUUUUCUUCCUUUUUUUAAUCGAGAAAAGUUUUAUGAAUCGUUUUAAAAAGAAACACCAAAAAUUUAAUGCUUUACUAAUGAAAUGACUAAAAAAAAACGCUUUUGAAAAGUAUAUUUUGAUUAUGUAAAAAAGGAAAAUUCCAAAAAAUACUAUAAAUAAUGGAAAUAAGCGUGCCAUGGUCGUUGAAAAUUUAUUUUAAAAUAACUGAUAUAUAUAUAUAAAAUUCAUAUUCUACAAUUUAUAUUAUUAUUAUUAUAUUAUUAUUUUAUUAUUAUAUUGUAUUUUUGAAAGAAAAUUAUACUGUUAACGCGUAACAAGUGAAUGUGAUUGUGUUUAUAAUAAUAUUGUAAUUUGUAACAAGUCUUUUUGACAAUCUGACGAUUUUUUGAUCGUUUUUCAUUUUCGUAACCGGAAAAAGAGGAGAGUAGUUACGAAAUCUAUUGUGCUGCCGUCUUUAUUACUAUUAUUAUUAUUAUUAAUUUUAUUACCAUCUUUGUAAUAAUGGCGUUCUUCUUUAUACAAGGAGGAAAAAAAUUGUACAUUUUAAAAUUAAUAAAGUAUUUCUAACAAUUUA